AUGCAAUUUUCAAACCUCCUCUUAGUCGCUACUUUUGCAACUGCGUAAGCACCUACGUCUCUUCACCGACACAGAAAAAUAUAGGAGCAACUAAUACCUAUUACUAGUGUUUACUCUAGCCCUUUCCUUGCAAAAAGAAACACACAACACCAAGCAAUCUGCGUCGGCCCCUACCCCGGCCAAAAAGGUGUAAGUAUCUCAACAAAAGCCUUCAACGUCAAUUCUAACACUUCGCUAUAGGAUGUACACCUGUUGACGGCUACGCAAAGCGCAUGCACAAAUACAAAGCACGUCCUCCUGGAAACGAAGACUAUGAUUCGUGCCCUGAUUGUAGAAUGAACCAAGACGAUGUCGCCUCAGGUGGUAAUUCAUUCUGUGAGAGCAAAGCAAAACAUAUUGGUGGUAAUGAGGUAAGUCCCUGUCUUUCUCUCUCUCUUCCCCAUAAUACUAAAAUAGAGUGAAACUGUGAACUAA